CCGCUGCAGUUGUGCAACUAUCGGCAGACCAAUGGCCGAUACCCUGAGGGAUUCCAGCGCACGCAAUGGCCCAUCGCAGUCGAACUAGGUACAGAUAAAUUGGUACCGCAGCCCCCCCCCCCUCUUCGCGCGGGGGUUUGCCUACUGAGUUGGACAAUUCUCUCUCUUUCUGCAUCAACAAAGUAGUGUACUGUACACCAUGGCGUGGCCGAACAAGAACAAAGACAUGCUCUACCGCCGGGUAGGCAACUCCGGGCUGCAUGUCUCCGCGCUGGGGUUGGGAGGAUGGUUGACUUUCGGAGGCCACGUGGAUAAUGAAAUCACCUUCCAAUGCAUGAAGCAAGCCUACGACUGUGGGAUCAACUUCUUCGACACCGCGGAGAGCUACGCGGGCGGUCAAUCCGAGAUCGUCAUGGGCCAAGCGAUCAAGAAAUUCGGCUGGAAGCGCAGCGAUCUCGUCAUCAGCACCAAGCUAAACUGGGGCCUCGCCAACGGCGAGAUCCUGAUCAACAACCAUGGCCUCUCCCGGAAACACAUCGUGGAGGGGACGCGGGCGUCCCUGGAGCGGCUGCAGCUGGAGUACGUGGACAUCAUCUACGCGCACCGGCCGGACCGGCUGACGCCGAUGGAGGAGACGGUGCGGGCGUUCAACCACGUGAUCGAGAAGGGGUGGGCGUUCUACUGGGGCACGUCGGAGUGGUCGGCGGACGAGAUCAGCGAGGCGUGCGGGAUCGCGCGGGCGCUGGGGCUGAUCGCGCCCGUUGUCGAGCAGCCGCAGUACAACAUGCUGACGCGCCAGAAGGUCGAGGGCCAGUUCCAGCGGCUGUACGCGCGCUGCGGGAUCGGGCUGACCGUGUUCUCGCCGCUGAAGAUGGGCCUGCUGAGCGGCAAGUACAACGAGGCCACGACGCAGCCGCCGCCGGGGUCGCGGUUCGCCGAGAGCAACGACAAGUACGCCAACUACGUGCGCAGCGAGUGGGAGAACGAGUGGGCGGGCACGAUCCGGACGGUGCAGGGGCUGCAGGGGCUGGCGGACAAGAUGGGCGUGAAGCUGUCGCAGCUGGCGCUGGCGUGGUGCCUAAAGAACGAGAACGUCUCGUCGGUGAUCACGGGGGCGUCGCGGCCGGAGCAGAUCGUGGACAAUGUGGAGAGUCUGAAGCUGCUGCCGCGGUUGACGCCGGAGGUGAUGGCGGAGAUCGAUGAGUAUCUGCGGAAUGCGCCCGAGCAGGAUCCAGCGCGACAGGACUAGUAACGUUACUGAGUAUGAGCUUAUCAACUUAGGUACCUAAUGAAUUGAAUUCACUUUUCCC